CUCGUUAGCGGUUCCUCUCUCAUUCAGUCAGCUCUCGUUCAGCCGUUGUUCCUCACCAUGCUCUCCCUUAGAGCCGUCGUCUUCUCGCUGGUGUCCACCUCUGUGUGGACAGCUCGUUUUCCUCCCGCGUUACUCUGUUUGAAAAGCAACGGUUCGCCAAAGAGCCGUUUUUAGUUUUCGUGGCAGUUUUUGUCUCUUUGGAAUCGACUGCAGUUGGUGUCUCCAGACAUCUCCAUCUGUCAUUCCUCAGCGACCAAAUGCCCCUUUUCUGUUACGUUUUCUUUAUAUUUAAAAGGGACAUUCUGUGUUAACUGUGGUCAGACUCUCCACUGGCUUUUAGCCCUGAACGACGGUUUAUUUUUGAAUCCGUGUUUUUGAGUCUUGACUGUAAGGUGUUUUUUUCCUCCAUGUCUUAAUCUGUCAAGUCUUCCGCUCUGACUGAGUUUGGCGAAUAAGGCUUCCUUUUAUAUUUCGCAAGAACUGUUAAAGCAGAUAAGCGACAUUCAGGAGAUCCUGCAGACCAGAGAUGCUCUGCUGAGUGGUGAGUAACGCAGAAGAGGCACUAGAAAUUCCCUCCCGGAGCGUCUACACAGCAGCACAGGAGCAUCUUCAGCCCGAGAAAAGUUAAACCCAGUCUAGGGUCACAGAGAUGAAUCCCUGAUAUCUAGAAGAAUCCUCUGUUCUCUUGCUCUCUCUCCAGGUGGCUCAGAAGCAGUCCUAGCAGACACAGCAGUAAAACACUCACACACAGGUGUUCCAUAGUGGACCCGACUGCCACGUUUUUAAGAGAUCUUUCAGUGGAUUCUGUCAUCAACACAGCAACACCAUGCUUCACAUAUGUCUCAGAUUUCCUCCUUACUCUUUCGCUCCCUGCCUGUCCACAGUCCUCCUCUUCCUCUUGGGUCUUACAGAGCCCUUGCAGGCCAGCUCUGAUAUGUACCAGAGCCCUCCAGGGAAUUGUUCUGGCAAGUCCAGCUGCUCUGAGGGCGUGGUGCUCCCUGUGUGGAAUCCCCAGAAUCCCUCAGUGGGUGACAAGGUGGCCCGUGCCAUCGUCUACUUUGUUGCUCUGAUCUACAUGUUCUUGGGGAUGUCCAUCAUUGCUGACCGCUUCAUGUCUUCCAUCGAGGUCAUCACCUCGCAAGAGAAGGAAAUCACCAUCAAGAAACCCAAUGGAGAAACCACCACGGCCACUGUGCGAAUCUGGAACGAGACAGUUUCCAACCUGACCCUCAUGGCUUUGGGUUCUUCAGCUCCAGAGAUAUUACUGUCAGUAAUUGAGGUUUGUGGGCACAAUUUUGAGGCUGGGGACCUCGGUCCCAGCACCAUUGUGGGCAGUGCUGCUUUCAACAUGUUCAUCAUCAUCGCCAUCUGCGUCUAUGUCGUGCCGGAUGGCGAGGUUCGAAAAAUCAAACACUUGAGAGUCUUUUUUGUGACAGCAGCAUGGAGUAUCUUCGCCUACAUCUGGCUCUACCUGAUCUUGUCCGUUUUUUCUCCUGGUGUGGUGGAGGUUUGGGAGGCUGUGUUGACCUUCCUCUUUUUUCCUAUCUGCGUUGUCCAGGCCUGGGUCGCAGACCGCCGCCUGCUGUUCUACAAGUACGUUCACAAACGCUACCGGGCUGACAAGAACCGUGGUAUCAUCAUUGAGACUGAGGGGGAUGGAAUGUUUACCAAGAUGGACAUGGAGAUGGAUGGGCAGGGGGCCAAUUCCCACCACAAGGAGGUGCUGGAUGGCAUGCUGGCAGGUGUGGAGGAGGGCGGGGGUGGAGGAGCUGGUGGAGGAGGUGGAGAAGAAGAAGAGGCACGGAGGGAGAUGGCACGUACCCUGAAGGAGUUGAAGCAGAGGCAUCCAGAAAAGGACAUGGAGCAGCUGAUUGAGAUGGCUAACUACCAGGUUUUGGUUCAGCAGCAGAAGAGCAGGGCCUUUUACCGUAUCCAGGCCACGCGUAUGAUGAUCGGGGCAGGAAACAUCCUGAAGAAGCAUGCCGCAGAUCAGGCCAGGAAGGUGGUGAGCUGCCAUGAAGCCAAUGCACAAGAAGAAGACCCUCAUACCAUCUACCUUGAGUUUGAGCCCUCACACUACCAGUGCUUCGAAAACUGUGGUUCCCUCAAAUUGGCUGUGGGCAGACAUGGCGGAGACAGUGGCUGCACAGUGAAGGUGGACUACCGCACUGAGGAUGGCACAGCUAACGCGGGCUCAGAUUACGAGUUUGCUGAGGGCACACUGGUCUUCAAACCAGGUGAGACCAUAAAGGAGCUGACGGUUGGCGUGAUUGAUGAUGACAUCUUUGAAGAAGACGAACACUUCUACGUUCACCUUAGCAACCCGCGAGUUGUCCACAGGGCCGAGGUCUCCGUCCUGGAUCCCAAUGCUGUUGCCCCUGGCAACAGCCUUUUAGGCUCCGUCCCUGUCCAGCCCAAAGCUGCACUGGGCUCCGCCCAUACUGCCACGGUGACCAUCUACGAUGAUGACCAUGCAGGUAUCUUCACGUUUGAGAGUGCAUCCACACGUGUGAGUGAGAGUGUAGGCGUCAUGCAGGUGAAGGUGCACAGAACGUCUGGAGCGAGGGGCAAGGUUGCAGUGCCUUACCACACCACGGAGGGCACUGCCAAGGCUGGAGAGGACUACGAAGAAGUGGCUGGAAAACUGGAAUUCCUUAAUGACGAAACUAUGAAGAUCCUGGAGGUAAAGAUCAUUGAUGAUGAGGAGUAUGAGAAGAACAAGACUUUCACCAUCCAUCUGGGGGAACCCGUACUGCUGGAGAUUGGACAGAAGCACGGUGAUUCCAAUGAUAAUAAGCCAGCAGUGGGGGUCGAGGAGGAAGAGGUGGCUAAGAUGGGUUGCCCGAGUCUUGGAGAACACACAAAGCUGGAAGUGGUGAUCGAGGAGUCGUACGAGUUCAAGAACACGGUGGAUAAGCUGAUAAAGAAGACUAACCUUGCAUUGGUGGUGGGCAGCAGUAGCUGGAGAGAGCAGUUUGUCAGUGCUGUCACUGUCAGCGCAGGUGAUGACGAUGAAGAGGAAAGUGGAGAAGAGCGCCUGCCCUCCUGCUUUGAUUACAUCAUGCACUUCUUGACUGUCUUCUGGAAGGUUCUGUUUGCUUUCGUGCCACCUACGGAGUACUGGAAUGGCUGGGCUUGCUUCUUCGUGUCCAUCUCACUCAUUGGGGUGCUGACCGCCGUCACUGGAGACUUGGCCUCCCACUUUGGCUGCACCAUUGGCCUGAAGGACUCAGUGACGGCUGUGGUGUUUGUGGCCCUUGGCACCUCAGUGCCUGACACGUUUGCCAGCAAAGUUGCUGCCAUCCAGGACCAGUAUGCAGACGCUUCCAUUGGCAAUGUGACAGGCAGCAACGCAGUCAACGUCUUCCUAGGCAUUGGAGUUGCGUGGACCAUCGCUGCUGUCUACUGGCACAGUAAGGGUCAGCACUUUACAGUGCCGCCUGGCUCACUGGCCUUCUCCGUCACUCUGUUCACCAUCCUGGCACUGAUGUGUGUGCUCAUGUUGCUCUACCGCCGUCGGCCCUCAGUCUCCGGAGGAGAGCUCGGGGGGCCGCGGACCGCCAAGCUGCUGACCGCCCUGCUCUUCCUCUCCCUCUGGCUCAUCUACAUCCUGCUGGCCUCGAUGGAGGCCUACUGCAACUUGCCUGGCAUCUGAGAGCGAGAGAGAGACACUGAGACACAGAGAGAGCUAUAGAGAUUUCCUUCCUGCGCAACCACCUAAUUAUUCUCCCUCUCUCUGCUGUUGUUACAAAACUGUAUCUAUAAGGUGUCGAAAUUGAGUGUUUACAUUUGUUAUUGAAGAUAAUUAAGUGUUGUUGGAAUGGGACCCGUUCCUUAUCGCUAAUGCUAAUGAGGUGCUAGUAGAGGGGAUGGAAACUCUUGCUGUUUUGGAGGAGACUUGCUCUGAAACUGAAAGGAACACACAGACACUGCUCACUACAUGGUUUAUGCUUGGGGUGUGCCUGCACCUGUUGAUUCAGAAAUGACCACACGACAAAAGAGCCAUUCAAGAAAGCAUAUCAUUUGCAACAGGACUAUUCUUUUUUUCCAGGCUUUCUCACUCCUCAUCUCAAUAUUUUCAACUUUUUGCAUCUUCUGUUCCCUAUCAGUAGACUACUGAAGCACACUCUAAAGGUUCCUUUGCCCUUGAGGCCAGAAUAUCACCAUUCCAUCUCUUCUCCUGCAGUUCCCCACGGACCAUGUCUACAGGCACAAAACAGGGCACAGCCUGGCCCUUAUGCUUCCUCCUAUUCUACUGAGUCCUCCUUAUUUCUACUCUCUUCCACUGUCAAGUGCUUGUCUUGUGCAAUUUUUGGGUAAAAUAAGCUCUUACAUGUGGGAUUUAUUAUUCUUAUUAUUUUUAAUUAAUGAAAUGUUAAGUAAGAAACAAAAUGACAGAAUGUGAAAAAGAACUCUUCUGUGUUUGCUCAAAAGAGUUGCCACAAAAAAAGAGAUGCACAACUUGCAUGGCAGAAGAGUUAGUGUUAGAAGUCAAAUCAAGACCAAAAGAAAUGGUGAAAAGUUAAAAUGAUAAAGGUAUUCGUGUAUAUUCAUAAGGUGAUCAGUGAUAUUUAUUAUCCUUACUUAUAUAUUGUGUGUUCAGGAAUAUUGUGGACUGUCUGUGUGUGAGAGAAUGUACUGGACAAGGAAUGUGGUACUAAGGAUAAAACAGUGUUGAUAUAGUGUGUCAGUGUGGGGUGGGCCAUCCUGUCAUUGUUCUUGUAAGUAGGACUGUCCUUAUGUGAAUAGUAUGACUGUGAAUGGAAGCCAUGCAUGGUGAUCAGUAUGUUUACCAUUGCCGCAGACACUCACAUACACACAGACACAGAAACACAAGUUCAGAGUCACUCAUAGAGCCCUGAUUGCCCAAGUUCCAAGAGCUUCCCAGGAAACCACCACGAAUGUGUAGUCAAUACUGAUGAAGGGUGUUAGUCUAAGAAAGACAAUGACGCGCUACUGUGGUGUAGUUACUGUAUGCAGUUUUGGCGAUACUGUCUGAAAAGCACUCAUGUUUUCCUGCUUCCAUAGCAAUAGCAUCGCAACUUUGACUCUUUUAAAUGCCUUUCAAUUGCAUUUGAUUUUGUUGCAAAUACACAUAUGGUUCACUUUUUUACUGCUGAAUUAGACUUGACUUUUUAUAUUUGAAAUGUGGGGCCCUAAUAUUCACCCCAUUAAUCCAGCCCUGUUAAUGAUUAACCAAGCACUGAUUCCUCCAGAUAUCAUCACCGCUGCUUCAUUUGGGCUCAUGUGCAUGCUUAAUGCUGACUUAUUUUUUGCACUCUUUAAUCAGUUACUUCCAUCUGUUCCUAAAUUUAAUGAGACCUGGUCUGGUUCCAUUCACACAGGAGUUAAUCUGGCUGUUAGAUCAGGUUCGGUUGCUUGUUUUCUCUCUGUCUCACUCUCUCCACAUUAUUGUAUCUGUGUGACAGAUAAAGCCCCACUGAAUAGUUCUCAGAUAUGAUAUAAUUGUUUAAAUGUUUAUUACGUCCCAUUUUCCUCCAGUACCUAUCAGCCAUCUGCCAAGGCUGGGCUUGGACAUAUGCUUCAGGAGGUGUUCGGGACGCUCCAGGCAGAAAGUUUUGCUGAUCCUUGCAGUCAGUGGUCUCGCUAGGCUAGUGCUUGCAAACUUUUUAAGGCACCCUUACCUAAAGCCAUUUUGAGCUUGCCAUUGCUUUGAAGAGGGUUUUUCUAGUGCACUUUUUUCAAAAAAAAGCUAGAGGCCAUUCUUGACAGCUUUCUGCUACCUGCUUGUCUCAGGAACCCACAGCAAGAAAGAGAGAGAGAGGCAGGGUGUAAGUGCCUGUCUAUUUAAAGCCUGGAAAAAUCUCAUUUUUUGUCAAAUCUAAAUCUGACUUGUGGACUCACCUAUGAUCUGUGACAUCCCCUAAAAUGCUCGGCUUCUGCUGCGCUCAGCUAAGGCUUGUAAUUUGGAAUUUCCCACCUUCAGCUAGGAAAAAUCAAGGAAAAGGUCCCUCAUUAGUAACUUGCAAAAUCUAUAACACAGACCAUUGGUGCACAAUUCAUGACAAAUACAUAAUGACCAUUAAAGUUAGCUGGCUAGCUUGUUGCUAACAAUACUCACUUUCAUGAGGGUGUCUGUGUUUUUGCCGCUUUGUAGGUUGAACAUAUGGAGGUCGAAAAUAAAGCAAUUCUGACUUUCCACCUCCAGGCCAAGGUGAAUGCAGCAUUCAUCUCGCUAAUGCUGCAAGCUGACAAGUGUAUGAUAAGUGCUGAGAGAGGACUUGUUUGCUUAAUUGCUGUUUCUUUUAUAUGGUCACAUUCCUUUCACUAUCAGUAGAGGGUAGUUUCACAAGCAAAGUCUGCAUCCCAAGCAAAUUCCUUGGAAUUUCUCAAAAAGUCUGUGUGAUCCAUUUUUCAGACUAGAUGAAUGGACUGUGGACUUCUUCUGUAAAAGGCAUGUUAAGUCUACAAGUCCUGGGAAGGCCAGAGAUUUAGAUAGAGCACUAAUGGAAGCCACUAAAACCUCUGGUUUGGAAACCUUUUUCUGAGAAGAUGGAAAACUUUGAUUCACGUUUUUAACGUCACAUGGGUUUACGCAUUCACAUGAUGCCAGCCAGACCGACUUUUUACAUGAUACCAGGCAAAAAAAUAGAAAAGAAAGUGCGCAGAGCGAGUAUUUUUAGUGCUUCUUGUUGCUAGGCGACAUCUCAAAGAGUCAUUGUCUUUCUGUCACUGCGUUGUCUGGUGUCAGUGCACUGGGGUGGGCGUGUAGCCGGCGUAGGGGGGCCACGGGCUUCUAAUCUCCUUUUUAGGUCAUUUCACUCUCUCUCUCUCUCCCCCUGAUUCAUGGCACAGGGGGUUAACAAAUUUUAAGCACAAGUCCAGUCCAAAGCAGCUUUUAAUGAAGUCUGAUGGAUUUUUCUGAGUUUUAAAUGUGGUGCAGUGUGAGUGGAGAAUGCAGCUAGUUGGACUGCAGCAGAGUCAGUCCCACAUGUACCAUAUAAGUGUGUUGACGCAGCUUUGCAGCGUUCUUAGCUCAUAAUGGUGUUCAUUAGUACAUAAACAGCAAAGACUGAUUCUAGAUCAGCACUUCCUCUGAGACUGGUAAACCCCUCUGGUGUUUUCGGACUGAGGUGGUGAUGGAUUUCUGACAAGAAAAGCUGGCUUGGUUCAAAGCUAACUGGAGGAUUCUUUCAGCACAGCCGUUUCUUCUCACUUAUCCCUCCAGAGUAAAUGAUAGGCUUCAGCAUGGGCUGAUGAUACAGUUGGGAGUCUUCUGAAUGUAAUAUUAGAAUAUGUCCUUCAGGGGGUGAAGAUGAGUUUCUUUCAUCUAAGUGCAGAUAAUAGCACUUAGAUGAAAGGAUUUUGUGUAUAUGCAGUCACUGGUCGUUUUAAGUAUGGGGUGAGUAAAUACAUGACAUGCCUUGCCUUUAUGGCAAGCUCUUAAAGGAAUACUCUGAUUUUUUUUAACCUAAUCUAUAACUGUAGCUUCUGUAGGAUACAGUGGAUUAUCGCAAACAGUCACUUCCAGAAAAUCCAUGGGCUAAAUCUCAAUUGUAACAGAAGCCAGGUGGGCAGCUGCUCCAGUUUCAAGUGACCCUGGCUUUUGCAAGGAGUAGCAGCUCCAGGGUUGCCAUUUUGAAUAGACAUGACAAAUUUGCAGGUGGGCCAAACCUUGAAUUUCAUACUAGCUGCAAGUAGUAACAACAAAGUAAUUACUACAAAGUCAUUUUAACAUAGUGUAGUGUCUGCAUAGAAGAAAACACAGAAAACAUUGUGCAUGCAGGCAGCUGCUAGGGGAUUUCUCUCGAUUAUUCUGAUAUUGUUUCAGAUUUGGUCAGCAACAUUAGCUGUUUGUAGUUGUUGUGUUUAUUUAAUGUCAUAUGGUCCAUUUGGUUAGUUUUUGAAUAAGUCAUGUUCAUGUCAUCACUGUCAAUGACAUAUGUAUCUCCAUUUGUUUUACUUUUUUGAUAUCAGUACUGUAUCUCCUUGUAUCUCCAUUUUUCAGUUUUUGACAUAAUUUGAAAAUAGCUGUUGUCAUUUACAUUGUGUGUAAAUUUUAUGAUGAAUGGACCAAAA